AUGAAAAGAAAAACAGUAGAGUAUACAUGGAAGCCAGUACUACAGAGCAAAUCUUCUCCAUGUGACCGAUUCAAGCAUGCCUGCUGCAUCUGCAGGGGGCUCCUUUAUAUUUAUGGUGGACGGCAAAAUACUACCUUGAAUGAUUUCUGGCGAUACAAGAUAGGUAAGUUUUCCUGUUCACUAAAUCAUCAUCAUUAUCAUCAUCAAUGUUUUAUUUGUAUCCUACCCAUCUGACUGGGUUGCUCCAAUAAAUUAUAAAAACACAGUAAAACAUCAAACAUUAAAAACUUCCCUAUAGAGAGCUGCCUUCAGAUGUCAUAUAUUGUAGUUACAUGUAUCAUUAUGCCACUGACUAAACCAAAUCUACAUGCUGUAUUCACACAAACCUGUUUUUCCUGAUGAAAUUUCCACCAGAUUCUUUCUAUAGCAGAUUCCUGCCCCCUCCCAAUCCAAGUAAACAAAGUAAGAUUAAUGAAUAAACUUUAUCACCCUAAUAACAAUAAGAAUAAUGGUUGUUAUGUGGAUUCUUCAUUCAAGCCCACCUUUACGGAAAGCUAAUGCAAACAUUUUCCAUGUAUGAAAAUAAAAAUAAUGUAGAAGUAUUAUGAUGACUACCUGUGGCACUUGCAGGCAAAUGUUUUUGUUUUUCUGGUAAACCAUACCCUUGGUUUCCUGCGUUGAUAAGGAAAAGUGAACAUACCUGUUCAGAAAGCAUUGCUGUUUCUCUUGUGUGAUCCAGAGCAACAACUUUUAUGUCAUUACCAUUUCAGAAACUAGGCGAAUGCUGAGUUUACAUCUGAAAGUUUGUGAAUUUGGAGGUGGGGUUUAAUUCUCAGUGGCAACUAUCCAAAAUGGAUUCUAAAGAACAUUGUUGUGUUCUGUGUAUCUGUGGAUAUUAAUCCUAGGACAGGCACAGGGUACUAGGCCAUGGGAUAAAUACAGGGUUUAAUUACACAUUAUCAAAAAUCGGGCUGCUGCCAAAAUGUCAUAUGUCCAGUCCACGCUCCCUCUAUAACAUAUAGUAAAAUACAUGCAUUUCCUUGCUGCUGUUCUACAUCAGCUGACACUGGAGGGGCAGGAAGUCUCACUGCAUUCUCAUGCUAAGCAAGUUAAACUAUGGUUAUGGAGGGAAAGGAUGAAACUCUUGGUAAGUGGUGACUGUUUUUGGUGGAAGCCCAUAUUUCUGAUGUGCAUUUUCUGCCUCAGCUAUGUGUUUUGUCUGUGGCCAGCAGCUGUUUGAGAGAGACUCAAUAAAAUGCAAACCGAGACUGCAUUUGUCCAAUAACAUGCAUCCUUUUUAACAGACAAGUCUUGUUGGAGACUAGUGCAAGCAGAUGGAGCCAGUAUUUUCCAGCGCUGCAGACUGGCCAUUGUGAAACUUGUCCAUAGAGCUGAAGCUCUUGCCUUGUUUUCUAAUACACAGGGACCCACAGGUAUCCACUUCAAUGCAUCACAGAGGAUGACAGUCCAUGUUUUACUUGCUUAAUCUCUGUGGAAUUUUAACAGAGCUUGAUAUAAAUAACUGCUCCAUGUUGGGAGAAAGACAGGUUAGGUGAUUUCAUGGGUCCCUUUCACACCUUGACAAUCUUAAUCAAAACACUUUCUAGAGAAUAAUGAAUGGGAGAGACUGGAAAACUCAGAAGAUGGCCCUGAAGAACUGGAGGAGCACACAAUGGUGGAUUAUCAGGCAAGUUUGAGUUGAUUUAGUCCUGUAUAAUACAAUAACUAGUUCUUCUUUGCUACUGUGGACUCAGCUAUACAGCUGCAAAUAUAAUGUUUUAAGUGUAUUUUAAGUGCAUUAUACAAAUGUGACACUAGAUGGUGAGCUUAUGGCAAAUUCAAUAUAUUUUUCAAAACACUUCUUAAAAAAGCAUUUUCAUAGCAUUUUGUAUAUGUGUCUAGAUUCCGCCUGUCAUUUCCCCAUUAUAGUCUGUGUGGCUGGUGCUGUUCUGUAGUUUAGUUUCCUGGUAGGCUCAGACUUCUGCUUCAGGGUAAGAAUCUCUAUUCUCUUCUUCCUGCAGCAGCAAAAAUAUCCAGCCCCCCCCCCCCCCCGAGAAACUGCUGGGUAUGUGUAACACUUGUAUUCCUACAGGUCAGGUAACUGUUGUUAGCAGAAAGAACUCUAAAAGGGGAGGGAACAGCCCUUCUUUCCUAGAGAGGUUCAGCUACUGUCUACUUUGAGGGCCUCCUUUCACUGAUCACAUUUUUGAGACGUAAACCUAUAAAUACAAAGUGUGAUUGAACAAACACACACUUGCAAACAUAUGUAUGGUUGUUGUUUUUCUUUUAACUAAAUUAGUGAGUGGGUAGUAUUAUUAAUGGAGUAAGAUGAUAGUUUGCUGUUCUCCUUUUAGGUGAAAUAAGGUGAACAAGCAUUUGGUUUGCUGUUCUCCUUUUAGGUGAAAUAAGGAACAGAGUACCAUGGUUUUUUUGCAGGUGGCUUUUUUUGGCAUAUUGUUCUCUGUUAGUGACAAGGUUGUUUCGUUGAGAGGGAAUGACAAUGAAACAGCAAGUCAGCUGUAGGAGGUCAUUCCUUUCAGUAACGUUAUUCAAUUUAUUUUUACCUACUAGGGCUGGUUUAAAUAUUAGAAACCUUACAGUUGGCCUAUGUGGAAGCUGUCAAAAAGCACAUCUGUGUGGUGCUCUGGCUGGCAAGCAGACACUUAAAAAACAUCUUAUCUUGUGUGUCAGCUUAGUACGUGCAGCGUCUGCCAUGUGACUCAGUUAUCUUUGUGACUGCUGACACUACCCAUUUUAAAUGUUACACCUGAUGCGUUUCUGCAGCCUCUGUGGAGGUAACAAAACACUUCAAAUCAGCCCCAAGUGUAUGUCCCACAAAUCAAUUUGCACAGCCCCCUUAAAAGAUGUGCCUCAAAAUUAUUGUUUGUUCAGUAGACAUUGUAGAUACACCCCCCAAUAGUGUAUUAAAAAUAUUUUUGUCAUUCCUAUAGGCCAAGCAUGAGGAAACUCACGCUUGGGAGCCAGAUGUGGCCCUCUAGGCCACUCUAUCUGGCAUUUAAGUUCUCUUAGGCCUCUCCCCUCACUGGCACUGCUCUGUGCCCUGUCUUUCUUUUUCCUGUGAUAAUGCCUCUUGCUUGCCUGGCAUUUUGCAUUACAGGAAUGUAGCCCUCCUGUCAAAUCCAUUGCCCCACUGGCUUUGUCCUCUCAUCACCACUGGCAUGUGGUCCCCAAAAGUUGCUCACGAGGGAAUGUAGCCUUGGGCUAAAAAGGGUUCUCCACUCCGGCUGUAGGCUUUAACACCUUGCAGAAAGGUUCAUAGUCAACAAAUAUUGUAAUCAAUGUUUGUGACCACAGUACUAUCCACCUGAAGUGGCUAUCGGGAUCUGCCUUAGUAAGCAAGUCUUUUGGAUUUAAUUCUGUGUGUUCAAUAUUUAAGUGUGCUUGCAAUCACAAAAGUUGGCACAGCCCAUUCUGUGCCUCUCUCCAUUGAAACAUGCAACAUUCACUUCUGAGGAUUCAUUGCAGGUCAGACUGGAGUAUAGUUUUAGCUUCUUUGCGGUGUGUGUGUGUGUGUGUGUGUGUGUGUGUGUGUGUUUGUAUGUAUGUGUAGAGCAUGGUGCAUGGGACCAUUACUCCUUCCAUAUGUCUGUUGCUGGAGUGCAGCUUAGAUUGUGAUUUGAAAUUUACAAUGAAUUCACUUGAUUGCAUUUGACUAUGGAAGAUACAAGUAUGUUUUACAAGAAAAUCAUUAUUUUACUUUCAGGGUAUCCUCUAUAUCUUUGGUGGAAUGGUGGAUUCUGCUUUCACACUGAGAAAGAAUCCUCUUUGGAUGUAUGACACUGGUAUGGAACUAGACAAGCAACAUCUUUAAACAGGAUUGCAUAUAGAUUUGAUAAAUACGUAGGUAGGGCAGCCUGUUUGGGUGGAGUAGACAGGUGAGAAUCUUUUGACAUGCCUUGUUUGCCAUUACAUCUGCCUGAGCUUGCUUGAAGCAUCAGAUUUCCAGUCAAGUUCCAGUAAGAUCAAUAGUCAAUCCAUUUGAACUAUAGAAUGUUUUAACAUUUCAGGUAAACAUAUCUAUAGAAAAAGAAACACCAUGCUAUUUAACAAGAAGCUUCCCCGUGUCUCAUUCACUAUAGGAUUAUUCACAGCAAAACUACCCAGCAAAAGUACAGGAGUAGGAGGAGGUUGAGAAAUCCACUUAACUACCUUUGUGUUGGAAUCAAUGUUUCACUAAACACAAAUUUAGUAAUUCAGCUAUAUAUUUGUGACAGAACACUGAGUAUUAGGGCCACAGCAGUCCUAGCAUUCUUCCAUUUGUUGAUCAUGUCUUUUCUGUAUAGUUGGCAGGGAUUCAGUUCCUGGGAACCAUGAAUUGCAGCCAGAAGCCUCAAGCCAAUUUAAUGGCAUACUAAUACCUUUCAAACAUUACAGAAGAGAUAUAGUUGGCUUGUGGCUGAGAACCAGGGGUCUGCUCUUUUGCUAUAGUGCAUGCAAAACAUUUCUUAGGUCCAGGCCUCAUGAGAAAGCAAGAUGAGAUCUUCCGCAUAUUCCCAAGGAUGGUGGGUGGGGACACAAAGCCUUACCAGCCAAUACUAUAACAUCAUAACAACAGUACAUUCAUCAUCUUCUUUGGAUUGGGGACAAUAAAUAUGGUUGUAUUUUUUGACCAUAGGAAGCUGAGUCUGAUCAGUGGUCUGUUCCAUCCAAUAUUGUCUAUCCUGGUUCAAAGUGGCUCCCCCAGGUCUCUUUUUGCCAUUAUAUCAGAUUUUUUUUAAAAAAAUAAAUAACUGAAUAUACCUAGGAUUGAACCUGUAGCAUUAAAUAUGCAAAACACUGAGCCAUGGGUACUUCUUAUUUUUUGCCAGUGUCACUGCUGACAAACACUGUUGAGAUGCUACUUUUGGGCGAUAUUUAUGACAAAUGAAAGCUACCUUAGUUGCUGUUAAGGAGAACUGAACAACUUUCUUGGUUCCCAUCUCCAAAGUUCAAUGGGCCUUGUAUGACAUUACAAGUAGAGCAGGAGUACCCUCUUGUGGUUAGUAUUGUAACUGAUAUUUUAUUGAAACUGCAGAUUCAGCUAAGUGGAUGGAGCGCCAACUCAAAGCAGGGGAGAGUGAGGUAAGAAAUUUGGAAAACAGAAAUGUGUGAAUCAUACAUGAAACAUGUUGCUUUGUUGAUCCAACAGCUUGCUUAGGAAUAUGUUCUGAAAACUGUUCCAGACUGGGUUCAUCCAGGGAAACGCAGCAGCAGAGUAAUUUUAUGCUGCUGGUAUCACUUCUUCACUGUAAGGGGAGGGAUACUUAUUUCUUCUAUAUUCUUAAAUAAUCUAUAUAGCAUGUAUAUUUUUGGAUCUUAAAAUAGGAGUGUUGUAUCGCUUGGCCUUUGUCAAUACAGGGAGGGAAGCAAUUUCCAGCAGCUUUCAUCCCCAGCAGCCUCUGGCACCCUUCAAAAUCUGCUUUGAAGGGUCCCCCAGCACACUGGAGCAUAUUACAGUGGUACCUUGGGUUACAGACGCUUCAGGUUACAGACUCCGCUAAACCAGAAAUAGUACCUCGGGUUAAGAACUUUGUUUCAGGAUGAGAACAGAAAUCAUGCUCUGGCAGCGUGGCGGCAGCGGGAGGCCCCAUUAGCUAAAGUGGUACCUCAGGUUAAGAACGGACCUCCAGAACGAAUUAAGUUCUUAACCCGAGGUACCACUGUACUAGGGCGGGGGGCGGGUAACAGCUGAAAAUGGCUUCCUUCCCCAUGCUACUGACUUUACCGCCAGCUGAGCAACACAGUUGGACACAACCCACGAGUGUUUCUUUGGUUAUAAUAUGUAGCAUAUUUAUAACUGCUCUCUAUACCAAAUUACUUAUGGUGUAUUAAUUAUAGAUUGUGAGCUGCCCAGAUAAUGUUAAAGGGUAGCUAUAUAAUUUUUCAUUAAUAAAUACCAGGGGUUCUUCAUGUACUAAAGAAUAUUUUGGUGAAAACCAGGCAUACCAUUUGGAAGCCUGUGGCACUAGGGAAGUGUAAGCUGCCACACUUCAUGAAGACAAGCACACACAACCAAGAGCUUAGGUUCAGGCAGCUCUUGACAUCAAGGAUCAAGGUCUUGUGUGGUGAGGGCAGCCUGCACUUGUUCCUUCAAGUUUUGAACUACCUUCCCUCCUAAGCAGCAGCAGUAGUAGUGAUGCAAAGGGCGAACAGAGGCAGCCUUGCCUUUCCAACUGAGGCAGAGGCAGCCUUGCCUUUCCAACUUUUUCUCCUGUGAAACUGUACCAGAGCUUUAUUUCUAUGUUGUAAAGAGCUUCCAAGCUGCUUUCAUCCUCCAUCAGACAUACUUUGUCCUAACCAGCUUUGCAAACAGUGCUGUAUUAUCACUUUUUUCAGGGGGAAAACACUUUGAAGACUCACUAUUCAAACAAACCUGAAGGAAACAUGCAACUGUUUCUGAGGGUUGUUGCUUCUGGUGAAUAUCUGAGGCACAGAUAUUCAACUAUGAUGUAAUUGCCACUUUUAACAUGCAGGUCCCUCCCACCCAACUAUUUGCUAACCCAUCCUUUUCUGAGAGGGGUUUAUUUUCCUAGAUGAUGCCCUUCUCUAUAGUUAGGAUGGUUUCUUCUGGUUGGAAACAUUGCAUGGACACAAUACAUUUCUUGCACUUCGUUGCACUAUUUAUUAUUAGAAGUGCUCCUACUGCUCAUUCUGGACUUGAAUUUUCUGUUACCUAAUUUUUAUAGUAGUAGGUGAUUCUGGAGUAGAGUGACCAUGUAACUAACUCUGCCUUCCUGGGUAGAAAUGUUUGGAAAGUAUGCCCUUUCCAGAGGCACCACCAUGCUUGCUUAUGCAGUGCAAUGGAAUAUGAGUAACUCUCAUGGCUAUUCAUUGCUUUUUUUCUAUUCCUUCAACUGAGAACAAGCCCCUGUCCCAUACCCAUCAAGUGGUUGUACGAACAGAAAUGCUCAGUGGUACCUCGGGUUAAGAACAUAAUUCGUUCUGGAGGUCUGUUCUUAACCUGAAACUGUUCUUAACCUGAAGCACCACUUUAGCUAAUGGGGCCUCCCACUGCCGCUGCACAAUUUCUGUUCUAAUCCUGAAGCAAAGUUCUCAACCCGAGGUACCAUUUCUGGGUUAGAGGAGUCUGUAACCUGAAGUGUCUGUAACCUGAAGCAUCUGUAACCUGAGGUACCACUGUACUGAUGUUCAUAAAGGUGUCAGUUAAUGGUGUUUUACAAGGCCAGUGUGAAUGCAUUUUUAAGUGGAAGCAGUAAGGAGGAAGUCUGCUUGGAUAGAUGUGAUGGCAACAACUGUUAAUGGUAGUUAUUUCAUUACUAUCCUCUCUGCAGGGAACGGCUCCAGUUAAUCGAAAGGGCCACAGUGCAGUCGUCUACAAAGGCAUCAUGUAUAUGUAUGGCGGAUACGUUGACCUUAAGGGUGCUUCUCAAGAAUUCUGGACUUUAUGUCUAAGUAAGUUGAGCCUUCUCUGUAGGCAUGUUACUGCAACCCAGCAGCGAGGAACCUCUGGCUUGUGUGCUUAUUAGGCUUAUCGGGCAUCCCCUUGGGCUGUGGUGUGAUUUGGCCCAAACUGCAGCCAUCACUUGGUGUCAUACGGCAUCAGCCAUGGGACAGACAGGUAAACCUGCAGGGCCAUCUUGAAAAUGAAUAAUUGGUAGUACACUCCAAGUGCACUUCCAAUUGUUGCUUUCCAGCUGCUGGUAGAAUUUUGCACUUUUUCUGUCACCCUACCCACCUGUCAAAGUGGUAUUUUGUGUGUGUGUGUUUCAAAUUUAGCAACCACCCAAUUAGUUAGAAAGGGAAAAGCUAGAAAUUCCUUUGAUUCUUUGCAGCCACAGCUUGAAUUUAAGAGAGUACUUUGGGUUCUUCCUUUGAAACUCAAUCCCCUGAUGCCAUGUGACUGGCAGGUGGAGAGUUCUGUCAAAGUGGCCAGCAGUGGGUAGGGGAAUUUUGGAUCCUGCUCCCCAUCCCUACUGAAGUGGCUGGUGGUUAUGAUACAAAACCCAUUUGAAACAUCUAGAAUGAGAAUGAAAAUGCAAUUCUGUAGCUGGCUUCGGCUCCAUGUUUAUCUGGGUAUUGAAUUAAACCAGGGAUGGGGGAACUUGAAGCUUAUGGACCAAAUAUGACCUUUCAAGCCUCUCUACCUGGUCCUCUAGACUCUUCCCAGGCCACACCUCUAAGAGCCCUGCUCCAUGCCCUCAAGUGCUUAUGCCUGUCUGGAAUGUGUAACGGCAACAGGAUGUUAUUUGCAUGCCUUGAAGGAGGAUGGCGUAUAUGCAGAAACCUCUAAUUUUGUAUUCCUGUGGUAAAGGCACUUGUGAAGGAGUACUCUGCAGGAUUAAACCCUCCUGCUCCCCAUUGAGAAAGAGGAUAAGACACAACUUCUUCCCCUGCUCUCCUCCCAACCGUAUGUUUAGUUAGGUUUUUGCAAACCCUUAUUAAACAUCAGCUCACUACCUGAAAUGAUUUGGAUCUGGGGAACUGUGCACAGCCUUUAGUCACAUCUGUUGAUUUUUGUCUCUGGCCCUACCCUACUGGCAUGCAAGCCCCAGAAGAGAAUGUAGAUGUUGGGCUGGAAAAGGUUCCCUGCCCCUAUGUUGAAACAGAAAUGGACUGUAAUCUUCUUCCUUCAGAUAAAAAACAGUGGACACCAGCUGUAUCUUACGGUGGUAGCCCAGGCCCUCGACAUGGCCACUCAGCUGUAGUUCAUGGCAACAACAUGUACUUGUUUGGAGGGCUGAUGGGUCUGAGUGAACAAAAGGACUUCUGGAAGUGGGAUUUCAUGGCUGCCAACUGGUCUAGUAUCAGAACAAGGUAAAAUCUUUUGAGAGCUAUUCACCAGCAGUUUCAGCAAGCUGUAGUUUGAGAAUGGAGUAGGUAAAACUACCCAAAAUUAGAAAGGUUAAAAAUAUGUGUGUCUCGGGGAGCUAGGCAGCUAUGACGGCUGCCUCUGAGGGAUGUGGAUUAAGCUGUAUUUGUACUUUGUGGAACAGCGAGUUGGUUCCCUUUCUAACGUGGGGUAGGGAAUGUGUGGUGCUCUGGAUGUUGUGGGACUCCCAACCCCCAUCAGCCCCAUCUAGUGUGUCCAGUUCAUUGGGGGUGGUGGGAGUUGUAGUCUAGCAACAUCCAAAGGGUCAAAAGUUUCCCACCUUUGCUUAUAAGCUGUUGAACUCAUGCUUUAAUAAUGCACAUGUUCACAUCAUUCUAGUCACAUUCUCUGUGAUCUAAAGAACGCUGUUGAAAAGCAGAAGGCAUUUCUUAUGCAUUUCUUGGGCAAGGUCUCCUGUUCUGGAAGAGGCUGCCGUGGGAAGUCAGGCCCUGAUAUGCAGAAGUACUGGUACAAAGCUGUGAUAAGGGAGGAUUACAUUUAUAUACUGAGCCACACAUUUCUGUCAGAAUCAGGCCGAGACUUUCUGAGGAGGUACCUUUUUAAAAUUAGGGCAGUUUCACAAAUGUUCGUACUUUUUAAAAGAAAGUAUAUUCAACUUGGGCUGACCAAGAAUUAUUGCAUAAUGAUCCGUAACAGCCAAUUUAGGGAGCAUUAUACAUUCAGAUACCUUCAUUCAGUGCAGUUCCCUCUAUCUUACGUAAUUAAUGAUGCUGUAUAGUGCUGACCAAACAGAAACUAAAAUCCUACCUCAUUUUCAUCAGCAUAAACAUUACUGAUCUGUGUUCCUUGUUCUCUGUUGUGCUUGUAUUUAGUCACGGGCCUCCUAAAGUGGUGGGACACUCAGCUUUAAUAUUUGAAGAUUCCAUGCUGCUCUUUGGCGGAGGAAUUGCUAAUACCAGGUCAAGCAGUAUUCUGUGGAAAUACCAUUUUCCAUCUCAGAUGUGGAAACAACUGGCUAGGACAACAGAACCUUCAUCCAAAGCUUUUCACUGCAUGUUGGGGAUUGGAUAUGGCUUCCAAGGGACUGCUGGUUCUUCAAGGAAGUCACUCAGCUAUUUGCAUCAGAAGGAAAUGGGUUGUUCAAAGCUACUGGCCAUCUCUAAGCAGCAUGCCUGUUUCUGUGAGUAUAUUCACCAGGAGCCCUCAUACCAAACAUUCAGCAAUGACAGUAGCACUGAAAUUGAAAUGAAAACCUUUUACCUGUCUCAGGAAGAGCCAGGAUUUUGCUCACGCCAAACCACUUCAAGUUCAGAACUGAGUGUAAAUGAGAAAGCAUGCAUAUUGUCCGAGAGAGAGAGAACAUCCUACCUAAACCUACCAAGAGAACAGGACUUUACAGAGGAAAAUGCAAGUUUCAUUGAUCUGACACCUGCCUCUGUGGACAUUUGUGAGUCUUCUGCCUCCAUGGACAUUAGUGAGUCUUCUGCUGUGCUGCUGCUUAUUGGAGGUAAACCUUUGUCAAGUUCCUCUUCAAUUUCAUUUUGGCAAAUGGAGCUAGACAAAAUUUAA